AUGCUCAUUAUCCAGAACUGUCUUCGCGCUCUGGCAGCCAAUAAUAUAGCCAUCAAUGCCCUCAACAACAUCCAGCCAAUGGAGGGAGACGCUGGUGUGGAUAAGAUUUUGGUAAAAGAAAAGAACAACUCGUCUCCCCCUGCAGGGCUGCCGAUUAACUGGAAUCUUAUUACUGGCCCAGUCCCUCAGCCCAUAUUCUCCACAUCUCCCUCUAUCCUUCCUCAAGAUUCAGAUGUACAUUCACUGCAAACCAAGCUGAAGACGUUUAGCCAGCGCUCCAAACAAAAAGCGUAUGCAAAGUUGCGAGAAAGACAGCUGAGUCGUGGAGUAGCAAAGAAGCAGGUUGGUGACACUGUGGACCAACCUGAAGACACAAUAUCUAUGCAAGAUGUCUCAGGCGUUUCGAUCGACACAGACUCAGCCCUUCUUCCCCAGGAUAUUGAACCGUAUUUGAGGUCAUUAAUGAAUGAGGAACUUCCUCUGAGUCCAAGACAUGAACAAGCUAAACGGCUUCUGGAAAGGGCCAGGCAAAAGGCACGGUCCAAUCACAUCAAAGGUGAUCGAGCAAGCAGACAAGUCCAGCCUGAUGAGGAAGAUGCCAUCCAGAAACAACAAUUUGACUUUGACAAUCCAACACAAGAUCAGAAAGCAGCCCAGAGCACAGAGGACAGCUCCCCCUCAAGUGUCUCUGUGCCGCUUGUUGUCCCAGAGCAGAGGGACACUUCUCCUUCAGAGCCCCCAAACCAGAGCAAACACUACGGAUCUUCCCCAACUCGAGUGCGCUUCGAGGAUGAGUCUGAGCGAGAAGCACAGUCUCGAUAUUUGGACCGGGUGAGACAGCGUGGCAGAGCUAAGAGCAAGGAAAACUGCCCAAGUGCCAGCAAAAGCAAGAACCAAAGAAGUGUGUCCAUGCCGCCAACUCUUGUCAACGUGGAAACACAAACUGCUGUCAGGGAAAUCAUUGUAGUGGUGAAAAGGUGUGAAGCAUGCGGCUCUGUUGUCAGGGAAACACAGGCCGUUACUUCUCCAUCUGAGCCACCAAAUACUGACCUCCAACAAACUACUUCCUCUGAAGAUGCCAGAGCGAAACAGUCUUCAAAACAAGCUAGCACUCGCCCAAAAGCCACAGUCACAUUCGCUGGAGCCUACAUCUUGGGAGAAGACAAGGAAGUCAGCUCAGGAUGGAAGUCUUCAGGAUUUGGAAAACUCAGGAGGAGGAGCAGAAAAGGGGAGAGCAGAAUUGAGUCUGGCCAUGGUCCCUACGGUCCAUCAUGGGCUCAAAGACGCAACUCUAAUCCAAGAAACAGAGUCAACCUGUCCAGGGGGGUGACUUUUGCUCCUGGAAGCCCAAUUGCGUUAGAACCACGUUUGCUGGAAGCCUCUUGUGAGACAAAAGAAUCAACAGGACCUCCUCUUCCAAUCAAGUCAGCACUUAAAUCAAGCUCAAGAAACCGUGCAAAUCAAAACCAGGGCACCGUGCAGUUUCAGGUGGGCUCGGCUGUAGGUGCGGAGGGGAAAGUAGAACACGACCAAUCAGAAGUGAGAAGGGAGGCCAGCCCAGUAGCAUUUAACCAAUCAGCAGCCAGCACCAGCAGCUCUGUGGCCUGUGUCCGACCCUCCACUCUGAGGUACUCUUCAGCCUGGAUGGCCUCUGACCUGCCAGCUGCUGACCUCUGGGAGUCUGCUGCAGAUGGGCCGGGUGUGAGUGUGGAGGGUGGUGCAGAGGCUCGGCCCGUCCUGCGCACCAUGGCCCUGUCCCGCUCAGAGGACUUGAGGGCGGAGCUAUUGAGGGCAGAGCAUCUGAAAGCAGAGGCAUUAUGGGAGGAGAACCCAGAUGGCUCCAGAAAACUUGACGGACGUCCAAAGUUGUUUCUACGUCGUUUCUUCUCCUCCAUCGGUUUGAACAGUGUGGGCAGACUGGUGAAAGGGUCUCGCUCCAGCAGUAUGGAGCAGCUGAGCCUCCCUCCUGCCCCUCGGCCCAACUCUGCCUCCCCCAGCCCCACACGGAGACCCCAGCCCUCCAUCCGCAUCCAGAGGACCCCCUCCUUACAAACGCUGAACACAGUGUUCCCCUCUGCCCAGCUGCGCAAAGCCUCGUCUGUGCAGAGUUUGGAGAGAAGGACAGAACGCUCCACUAUUCUGGGAGAGGUGCAGAUACCGUACGGUCUGGCUCCAAGUCCUGAAAGUCCCCAGCUCGGGCUCCACAGGGCACUGAGCGUAGAAAACGUCCUUGUUUCCAGGAUGGGGCGUCCCGUGGGCAGGGUCUCCCAGGCUUUCCCUGAUGGGACCCUCCUCCUAGAACUCACCAGACCCCCCAACGGUCCUUUUGGAUUUGUUAUAUCCAGAGGCAAAGGGCGGCCAGAUUCAGGCGUGUAUGUGGAGAAGGUGGGCGAUGGCGGUGCAGAGGGGUAUGUGGGUCUGCUUUCGGUCGGGGAUGAGAUCCUGCAGGUGAACGGGGAGGCGGUGGCCACUCUCAGCAUGGACCAGGUCACCAGACUCAUGACCCGGGACAGCACGGCCUCCCUGCGGAUCAUGCCCGCCCGUCGAUGCCAGCGCUGA